AUGAGCGACGCUGGCCCCUCGAACGCCAGUGGCGACACGGACACCGAUAGCAACACGUCUAUGCUCAGUCCCGAGCAAAUGGCACAGGGUAUCGAGCAAAACAAUGCCGAGAUCCUGGCUGAGAUAGACACCAGCGUCACGGCCUCCAUGAGUUUUAACGACCUGUGCAAGUUCUUCGGCGUGUCAAAGUUCGAUGGCAGCGCCGACAACCUGGAUCGUUUUGUGAGAAAUUUUUCGAAUCGUUGCAAGAUGGUCUCACUGACUGAAAAGGACAAGGUUACCGUCCUUAUUACCUGCUUGUCGGACUCGGCACUGGAGUUCAUCAUGGACGAGCUGGACGACAAACCGGGUAGCACUUCGGACGAGCUGCUGGCCGCGCUCAAGAGAAAGUUCAGCGACGAAACGACUGGAGCGCGUGCGCGCCAGCUACUGGCCGACCUGCGCUACACGGCACGCAGCGUGAAGGAGGUGGUCGAGACGGUUGAGAGGCUGAGGCGCAUUCGCGGCAUCAACAUCACCGAGGACGGCAUCAAGCAGGACUUGCUCGCAGCACUACCGCCCGUCGUGUACGCCACCCAUGCCCUCGACUGGUCCUUGGAUGAGACGCUGGCGAACAUCAAGGCCUCGAUCCUGUAUUCGAUGCAAUUCGAGCCGAAGCGCAGAAACAACGGCAACAGGGUGAGCGACAACACCCCCCUUGACAGCAGCGACAACCGCGGUCACAACAACAGCAACAGCAACAACAGCAACAACAGCAACAACGCCGGUCGCAAUGGUGGCAACUAUGCGACUUACAACAAUUCGGCUCGCGGCAACGGCAACGGUAACGGCAACCGCAACGGCAACGGCAACAGGGCAGCGCACAACAACAAGCCGGGCCCGUCGCAGCGCUCGUCCUCUUCACCAAUCACUGACAAGGAGCGCGCGGAAUGCUUGGCGAAAGGCCUCUGCUACAAGUGCAGGGAGCCGGGUCACAUUGCCAGCAGGUGCCUCACGCGCUUCUCCAAGAAGCAGCUCGCUGCCGCCCUGUUCGCGCACUGGGCUGCCAACGACGACGACGACGACGACGACGACGACGACGAGCCGCAGCAAGGCCGGCAGGGCCAAUCCCAGCAGGGAAAAGCCCAGCCCACCGCCAGGGCCAUCUGA